GAGAGAGGCGCCUCUCGGGGGGAGAGAGAGCGAGAGAGAGCGAGAGAGAGGAGGAGGAAGGAGAUCAUCCAGCUCUGCUUGCGUCCAGUUCAUAAUUCCAGCCGUGUAUCUGAUGACGGGUAUGUCCCAGGUAGUCUCUGAACAAGUCUUGUGAAGAACAUCUUGUGAGAGCUUUGUCCUAGGGAUGCCCUAAGUCUAAAAUGACUUGAAGGUACACAGCACUGACAAGAACAAGAAAUAAAGAGAAACUAUAUUUCAGGUUAUAUACCUGUGUAACCAAGGGGGAAAGGAAAGAUUGUGCUGUAAAAAGAGGGGAAAGAGUCCAGAAGACUACAGCAAUACAAAGACCGAGAAGAGGAAAUCCUGUGCUGUUCAGUUCAUAACUCUGAGCUUCUAUUGUAUAUGAAUCAAAUGUAAAAGAAUGGAAAAUGAUUUACAUUGCGAUCUGAGACCACAGGCAGGGGAGAAGGUAGAGACGUGUAUGAUAUGUGGUAAAGGUUUCAGUGGGAGAAGUUCUCUUGUUAAGCAUGAACGGACUCACACUGGGGAGAAGCCAUAUCAAUGCAUGCAAUGUGGAAAGAGCUUCAGUCGGAGUGACAAACUGUAUGAUCAUCAGAGGGCCCACACAGGGGAGAAGCCGUUUGAAUGCACGGAAUGUGGAAAGAGCUUCAGUCAGAGUGGGGACCUGCAGUCCCAUCAAAGGACGCACACAGGGGAGAAGCCAUAUCAAUGCAUGGAAUGUGGAAAGAGCUUCAGUCGGCGUGGAUAUCUCCUUACCCAUCAAAGGACCCACACAGGAGAGAAGCCGUAUGAAUGCAUAGAAUGUGGAAAGAGCUUCAGUCACAGUGGUAGUCUACAUUCCCAUCAAAGGACCCACACAGGGGAGAAGCCGUAUGAAUGCAUGGAAUGUGGAAAGAGCUUCAGUAACAGUAGAGAUCUGCGUUGCCAUCAAAGGAUCCACACAGGAGAGAGGCCAUAUCAAUGCAUGGAAUGUGGAGAGAGCUUCAAUCAGAGUGGACACCUCCGUUCCCAUGAAAGAACCCACACAGGGGAGAAACCCCAUAAAUGCAUGGAAUGUGGAGAGAGCUUCAGUCGGAAUGGAUAUCUCCUUGCCCAUCAAAGGACCCACACAGGAGAGAAGCCAUUUCAAUGUACAGAAUGUGGAAAGAGCUUUGUUCACAGUGGAGACCUGCGUUGCCAUCAAAGAACCCACACGGGGGAGAAGCCGUAUGAAUGCAUGGAAUGUGGAAAGAGCUUCAGCCACAGUGGGUAUCUCCUUACCCAUCAAAGGAUCCACACAGGAGAGAAGCCAUUUCAGUGCAUGGAAUGUGGAAAGAGAUUCGGUCGGAGUGGACAUCUGCGUUCCCAUCAAAGGACCCAUGCAGGGGAGAAACCCUAUAAAUGCAUGGAAUGUGGAGAGAGCUUCGGUCAGAGUGGGCAUCUAUGUUCCCAUCAAGGGACCCACACAGAAUAGAAGCCACAAGAAUGCAUGGGAUAUAGAAUGAGCUUCAGGAAAAAUUCAGCUUGCACUAGACAUCAAAAAACUUAGAUAUGGCUAGUGGAAGAAACCUGCCUUUGAGUUUCCUAGUUUUCCUGAAAGAACCUUUACAUUUCCCCAAACAAGGACUGUAUCCCUAUGCAGGUGGACAAAGACAAAGAAGGCCAUCACCUUGUGCUCCAUCUUUCAUGGACAGCAAUUUGUGUGACAUUAGUCAACUGCUGCUGAGGGCCGGUCCCAUCUUAGUACUGCAGCCAAUUUGGAAGAAGAUAGCCUGACUUCCUCCUCCUCCUCAUGAAGAAAAGCAUCCAAGGCUUCUGGGAUGAUCUCUGAAAAGUCUGAAAUGAGCAGAAGCUAAGAUCUCAUAGAAUCCUAGAGUUAGAAGAGACCUCGUGGGCCAUCCAGUCCAACCCCCUGUCAAGAAGCAGGAAAAUGGCACUCAAAGCACCCCCAACAUAUGGCGAUUCAGCCUCCAAAGGAGAAGCCUCCACCACAGCCCAGGGCAAAGACUGCCAUUGCUGAACAGCUCUCACAGUUAGGAAGUUCUUCCUCUUCCUCAGGUGGAAUCUCCUUUCCUGUUGUUUGAAGCUGUUGUUCCAUUGCGUCCUAGUCUCCAGGGCAGUAGAACACAAGGUUGCUCCCUCCUCCCUAUGACUUCCCCUCACAUAGUUAUACAUGACAAUCAUGUCUCCUCUCAGCCCUCUCUUCUGCAGGCUAAACAUGGCCAGCUCUUUAAGCCGCUCCUCAUAGGGCUUGUUCUCCCGAACCCUGCUCUUUUUAGUCGCCCUCCUCUGGACACCCUCCAGCUUCUCAACAUCUCCCUUCAGUUGCGGUGCCCAGAAUUGGACUCAUUGUGAUUCCAAGUGUGGUCCAACCAAGGCAGAAUAGGAGGGCCUCAUUGACCAUCUAGUCCAACCCACCUGCCAAGAAGCAGGAAAUUGCAUUCAAUCGCAAUUGAUUUCUCUGGAUCUAGACUCCUGUUUAUGCAGGCCAAAAUCCCAUUGGCCUUUUAAGCUGCCGCAUCACAUUGUUGGCUCAUGUUUAACUUGUUCGUGCGAACUCAAAUAUUUUUUUUCACACAUACUGCUGUUGAGCCAGGUAUCUCCCAUUCUGUAUCUUUGCAUUCCAUUUCUUUCUACCUAAGUCGAGUAUCUUGCAUUUGUCCCUGUUGAACUUCAUUUUGCUAGAUAUGGUCCAUCUAUCUAAUCUGCUAAAUUGGCUCUCCCUCCCAAUUUGGUGUCAUCUGCAAACUUGAUGACCCUUCGUCUAAGUCAUUAAUAAAGAUGUUGAACAGAACUGGGCCCAGGAUGGAACCCUGCGGCACUCCACUUGUGACUUCUUUCCAGGAUGAAGAAGAUGCAUGAGUGAGCAUCCUCUGGGACCUUGUCAAAGGAAGGCCUUACUGAAAUCCAGAUACGCUACAGCUACAUCGUUCCCUGCAUCUACCCGGCUCGUAAUUCUAUCCAAAAAAGAAAUCAGAUUAGUCUGACAUGACUUGUUUUUGAUAAAUCCAUGUUGACUAUUACCGUGUUUCCCCAAAAAUAAGACAGUGUCUUAUAUUAAUUUUUGUUCCCAAAUUGCUCUAGGUCUUAUUUUCAGGGGAUGUCUUAUUUUUCCAUGAAGAAUUCACAUUUAUUGUUGAACCAAAAUAUAUUAACAUUUAUUAUAUACUGUACAGUAAUUGUCAUCACAAACCAGCAUAAGCAGAUAAAAUGUGAAUCCUAUCAAUAAUUUCUUGUUACUACAAUUAUUUCCAUAUACAAUACUCUAUGGUAUGUACAUUUACCAAUCCUGCAUGUUCUGGUGUUCUGUUUAGCGGCCAUGCUUCCCAACAAAAACUUUGCUAGGUCAUAUUUUUGGGGAAACAGGGUAGCUAUGACCGCAUUCGUUUCUAAGUGUUUGCAGACCACUUCCUUCAUGAUCUUUUCCAGAAUCUUGUCUGGUAUCAACGAGCAGCUAGGUAUUCCUGGACAACUUGUUUUCCUAUUUGGGGUUGGAUUUCCCCUAAUCCAUCAUCCAUUCCAUGUUGAUGAGGUUGAGGAGGGCUUUCUUUUUGUGAGAAGACUGAGGCAAAGAAGACAUUAAGUGUCUCUACCCUUUCCCUGUCCCCUGUCAGCAUUUCCCCAUCUUCUUCUCGCAGAGGCCUUAUCACCUCCUUGUUUCUCCUUUUUCUACUGACGUUAGCAAAGAGGCCCCAUUUAUUGUUUGUAAUGCCCCUAGCAAGCCUGAGUUUGUUUUGCGCUUUCGCCUUGCAAACCUUUUCCCUACAGGAGGUAGUUAUUCGAUAAAAGGGUCUGGAAAAGAAUAGCUCUUUGUUAGCAGAUAGUGUCAUACAUUCGUACUCUUGUCCUGGAUCUUGGCUCUGAUGCCCCUCGGAUAGAAUUCUUGUUCCUAUAAUCCUGUUCUGGAUUCUGUUGUAUCCUGAAUCCUUGACUCUAAAUUCUGACCGAUUUCCUGGCUUGAUUUAUGGACUUGGGGUUCAGUUUGCACCCCUGCCUAUCUGGCUUGACUGACUCUGACUUCAGUUUGCAUAGUUGUAUUUUUUGUUGUUAUUUUAUGAACUGUGAUUAAUGAACUCCUGGCAUCUGACUAUUGGCAAUAGUGUAUUCUUGCUCCUCAACGCGUGACUCCGUAGUACUUGGCUUGUCUGCAUUAAUUGGACUCUUGGCUUGUGUUCAUCGUUACUCUGGCAGUGUGCUGUAAUUCUCUUAUUUUAGCCAGACCUUGAAAAUACUCAAGACUUUGUUUUCUUAUGAGUAAAUAUGGCUUUGGCUUACCUUGUAUGUAAUAAAGCUCAGCCUUGAUGCUGGGAGAGCCCUGCAACAUGACCAUCAAUUUUACUUUGUGUAUUUUCAUCCCUGCUUUGUUUGAACUCCCUGUAUUAAUUGAGACUGCUUAAUCACUACCAUUGGCAAAGGGUCCAUUAGGAUUCAAAGCAUCUCUCCCUAACGACAGAGAAUGGAAGACAAAGAUUGAUGACGUCUGCUGAUGAAGAUUCACCCAGGAAUCCCACCCAUGGGAGAAAUUCAGAAUAGAAAUGAAUAAAUAAUAACCACAAUAAAUAAUAAUUCAUGAAUCUGUUUAGAUUGAUAAAUUAAGUUGAUGAAGGGAACUAUUGUUCAACUACAAGCAAGAUUUGGAGUUACUAAUUAACUAGUUAUAAUAAUUGAAUAAAUUGUUUAUUUUGGGUUUUAGGAAUUAGUUUGAUAUUUUUAAAAUGGAAAAGUAAAUCUAGGAAAGCAUUUAAAAGUGAGUCAAUAGAGAUAAAAGCCAGGAUGCAGCGAGAGUUUUGUAGAUUCAUUUUUCUGUUUAUACCUGUUGUUCUUAUUGUGUAGAUAUGUGUCCUUGUUCCUUUUAUGUUUGUUAAGUAGCCCUUUUAAAUAAAAAUACCAAAAUUAUAA